GCGAAGAAGUAUUAUUACGAAAGUGAUUAGUGACAUUUCUAGGGCCGAUAUUUGGUUUCGUGACUACCGCGCCGGCAUCACCUUGGAUUGCAGUGUUGGAUUGCAGUGUUGGAUGCAGUGAUGGAUUAGCGUGUGACGAUAAUGGAAAAUGAAGAAGCCUGUGCUGAGAUUAGUCGUAAUUAGAUAUGUAUGAUGAAGGCAGUGGCUGUCUCCUCCUUUUUGUGUUUUUGAGAUGAAUAUAGGUUCGUAAUUAGUGAAACUGUGUUGGUGUUUUUCUUGUUACCAGACAUUUCAUUAUUACAGUAUUGAGAAGGACGAACUGGAAAGUAACAACUUCCAUAGCAGUCAAUUCCGAUUGCCAGCCCCAUUAGGUACACGGUAACAUUAAUAAUAAUUAUUGGGCUGCUAUUCGAUCAGAUCAGGUCGGGAUAGAUAAAUGGAGGUGUUACACCUUGCCUUACCGUGAAAGGACAAGUGCAAUCUUCGGACGAAUAGUAAGAACAAUAGGUAAUUUUAUCUUGCUUAACGCGAGAAAAUAUUUUCCAAUUUCGGAUCAAGACAGAGCAUAAACUUUAAAAUCACGACAAGAAACAGUGCAUUUUGAACAAUACGAAGUAAUAGCAUCUUACGAUUGUGAAUAAACUGUUUUUUCUGGCCAUAUUAGAUAAGAGUAAUAGCGUCGAUAAACUGUGGUAUAAUGUGCAAACGCGUAAAUCCGCGCGAAAAACUGUGAAAAGUAAACACCAAAGAAAGACACGUGUGAACAUUACCACAACAAAAUGAGCCAAGAAUUCGUCACGAAAGCUUUAAAGAAGUGUUUAGUAGUAAUGUUAUGAUCGAAAUUACUUUUUGAAUAAUGAAAAUCGAGCAAAUUCAUGUGGACCCAUAAACUGUUAUGCAGGCGACAAUUUAUAUGGCGACGCAAUUGUUGAAUGACGUCACGCAGACCGGUGCAGCAGCUGCGCCAAAGAGCUUUGAUCCGCGAGGUGAUUUCACACGUCAUCCCAACUACCUGUGCAAGGAGUAGGUCAGGCGCAGACGCACUACACUGACAGCGAUCAGCGUGACUUUGAGACACCGAGCGCCAACCCGGCAUCUAGCGGCCGAACUACAAACUACACCCGCCUGCAACGCCACGGAGCGGCCGACUGAGAACUACGACGACUCGCCACAGAUCUUCAGCGCGACUUCACGUGGCUCCGGCGGCAGUACAGUGCCACGCCCACUUCAAACGUCAAAACAUCGCGACUCAUGGUAACGUCAGUUGUAAUUUAUUUUUUAAAGGGAUUCGGAAAUGUUGGAAGGCACUGUGCUCUGUCUGUGGUGGCUGCUGGUGCAAAGGUUAUUGGCAUUCAGGAAGUGGACACCGGCCUUUAUACUGAGAAAGGAAUUGAUAUAGAGGAUCUUCUAGAAUAUUUGGAAGAGCACGGUACAAUUAAAGGUUAUCCAAAUGCACAAGCAGCUGAAAAUGUUGCAUUCAAAGAUUGUGAUAUUCUUGUGCUUGCAGCAAUAGAGAAGUGUAUUACAUGUAAAAAUGCCAAUGAAAUUAGAGCUAAGAUUGUAGCUGAGGGUGCUAAUGGGCCAGUUACACCAGCUGCAGACAAAAUAUUACAAGACCGCAAAAUUUUAGUUCUUCCGGACAUAUUUUGCAGUGCUGGUGGUGUAACUGUAUCAUAUUUUGAAUUUCUGAAGAAUAUUAACCACGUUUCAUUUGGGAGGCUGCAUUUUAAAUAUGAAACAGAUUCCUAUAUCAGCUUAAUGCAGUCAGUAGAGCUGUCUUUAAGAAAAUGUAAGAUUGACUGUGAGAUAAAUCCAACAGAAACAUUCAGGAAAAGACUCUGUGAACCUUCUGAGAAGGAUAUAGUUGAUGCUGGCUUGAGAUACACAAUAGAACGAGCUGGUGUUGAAACACUUCGUACAGCAAGUGAACUACAGUUGUGCUUAGACCUGAGGACAGCAGCAUACUGCAAUGCUAUUGAAAAGAUAUUCAGAACUUAUGAUAAUGCUGGGUUGGCUAUGUAAGCCCCUCAGCUACAUGUCAGUUCCUGGGUGUCACAAGGUUAGUGAGCGACUCAUAGACUUCACCGCUAUACAAUAUAUGGAUGAGUAAAUAAGAGUUGAUGUCUACCGGGUCUUUUUUAAAAGGUUUAAUAUUGAAUGAAGCCUUUUUUGCAAGACUUUUUUGUAUUUGACACACUUCAAAUAAUACAAAUGUGAUUGUUCAAAUUACUGUAAGAUUCGUGUAGCUAUAUGUAUGUACAAUAUGUCACAUUACUGGAAUACAAAAUUUGUAAAGUAAACCA